AACUCGUACGCAGCAUUAUUAAUGGCCUUGCAAAUAAUCCGAAAUUUGUUCCGUCAAUGACACUUUAUGAUAACCGUGGAUUGCAACUUUUUGAAAAAGUUACUUACACAGAUGAAUACUAUAUCAAUCGUUGCGAAAUUGAUAUUUUGAAUAAAGAAGUCGACCAAAUUACUGAAUUUAUUUCUUCUGAUA